AUGUCGUCCGGCUCUACUUACGACGAUGCUGCAGCGGGAAACUACCAAGACCUCCCGCAGGGCAACUUCAUCCGCUGCCUGGUGCUCUCACCCGGCAGCGGCAGCGAUCCCCUCGCCUGUGAGCUGCAGACCGUCGACCUAGAUAAGCAACCAGAUUUCGAGGCCAUCUCGUAUGUCUGGGGCAGCGACGUGAAGAGCGAAACGAUUUCCUGCAACGGCAGGACAACCUAUAUCACAGCAAAUCUGUCUGCCGCCCUGAAACGAGUACGAUACGCAUCCGAGCCACGUUCAUUAUGGGCUGACUCGAUUUGUAUCGACCAGAAGAAUGACAAGGAGAAAAGCCAUCAGGUUGCCCUGAUGGGCAAGAUUUAUUCUUGCUCACGAAGGACUUUGAUUCAUAUCAUCGGCAACGAUAAUGGCCAUGCAGCAUCAGUUCAGAGUUUGGUAUCAUUGCUGGAUAAAUCCAUCAAUCAUGAGCUCAACAAGAUCGAUCCGGAGAAUGACUAUGUAUCUCUUCUCCUCGCCCAGCCAUGGUUUCAUCGGGGCUGGGUUAUCCAAGAGGCAGUGCUAGCCAAAGACGCAGUG